AUGAAUUAUCAAAAUAUAAUCAAAAAAUCUUAUGUAAUAAUAAGAAUCCAGGAACUAUAUUAUUAGAACUUAACGAAUUAUGUGAAACCAAUUAAACUAAUAUAGAUUUAUAGUUUUUUGAUCUUCAUCAUAAAAAUUAGGAUUACAAAUAAUAAUUAAUAUUAUUUAAAAGAACCUUAAAAUAGUAAGAAGAAAUAGUUGUACAUUUAAAAUAAAUUGAAUGGAAAAUUCUUAAAGAAUGUUUCAUUAUUAAAGAAGAUUUCAUCAUUAAAUUUUGUGAAUUAUAGUAAAAAUUAGAGCAUGGAGUCUUUACAUUAUAACAUAAAAUAUGAGUCUUUAUUAUUGGAUGAAGAAUAAUGA